GCGCCUCCUCUCCGCCCCGACACUCAAAAAGUCAGUGAGCUGCGCGCGCGUCUCAUUCUACCUGCUGAACGCGCGCUGAUCAAAGCAUGGCCAAAUCUCAGUCGAGACGCUGCUGCUUCUGCAUACUCGCUUUAGUGUGCUGUGUUGUGAUCAUCUGCAUUUGCAUCAUUUUAGCCACCAAACAGAGAUGCGCGUUUACGCACGCUGCUGUUUCUGCGGACUCUUCCAGGUGCUCCGACAUCGGCAGGAACAUGCUGCUUGAGGGGGGCUCAGCGGUGGAUGCAGCCAUCGCAGCUCUGCUCUGCACUAGUUUGGUCAACCCACAGAGCAUGGGUUUGGGUGGAGGGGCCAUCUUUACCAUUAUGGACAAAACAGUAUUGUACUCCAGUAACUAUUUUGUGCUUUAUUUGUUCAUGCGUCUACCAGGAAGUCACUGGAUAGGUGUACCAGGAGAACUCCGCGGCUAUGAAAAAGCUCAUCAGUUGUAUGGAAAGCUGCCCUGGGCCAAACUAUUCGAGCCCUCCAUCAAGCUGGCACGAGAGGGCUUCCCCAUGCCAGCCUACCUCUCUUAUUUCUUGAAGCAAGAUUUAAUUAAAAAACUGAUUCAUGGCACUGAACUCUGUGAACUGUUCUAUAAGGACAAGACAGUUCUUAGCCCAAGGGACACCCUCAAGUUCCCUCAGCUGGCAGAAACCAUGAAAACUAUCUCCAAAGAAGGAGCCGAUGCCUUUUACACUGGAAAAAUCGCCAAGGACUUGAUACAGGAUGUACAAGAGAGAAAUGGAAUUUUAUCAUUAGAAGAUCUGAGAAGUCACUGGAUAGGUGUACCAGGAGAACUCCGCGGCUAUGAAAAAGCUCAUCAGUUGUAUGGAAAGCUGCCCUGGGCCAAACUAUUCGAGCCCUCCAUCAAGCUGGCACGAGAGGGCUUCCCCAUGCCAGCCUACCUCUCUUAUUUCUUGAAGCAAGAUUUAAUUAAAAAACUGAUUCAUGGCACUGAACUCUGGUUUGGGUCAACUGUUUUCUCUCCUAAAACGGGUAUCAUCCUCAACAACGAGCUAGUUGACUUCUGCGGCCGAGCAGAUUCUGUCACACCAGGCGAGCAGCCUCCCUCCUCCAUGGCUCCUACCAUCCUGCAGUCCCAGAAGAAGACUGUAGUGAUUGGUGGAUCAGGAGGAAGUUUUAUCACCACAGCCAUGGCGCUGUCCAUUAUGAACCACUUGUGGCUUGGGAUGAACCUUAACGAAUCUAUUGCUGCUAAAAUAGUAUUUGUGGACUCCAACAACAAUGUCCAAUUUGAGCAUGGAUACGACAGUUCUUCUAUCGAUGCAAUGCAAAAGAUAGGACACAUCGUGAAGAACAACACAUACCCAUUUUUCAAUGUGGUCAAUGGCAUCUCGAAAGAAGGGCAGUGCAUCAGUGCCGUAUCUGACGCCAGGAAGAUCGGCAGGUCAGCGGGAUACUGACCCUGCCUCUGUUUGUGCCGGCAGCUGUUAGAGACUGGUGUAGUGAUUCAUCAGGCCUGGGAUGAGUGAGGGUGGAAACAAAGGGUCUGCGCUCUCUUUCAGCGAUGCCUGUAGACACCAUAAAUUCAAAUAUGGGGUGAUUGUGCACAAUGGUGUGCAUUUGUCCGUCCAUGUCCACUUUUGUUGUUACAGUAACAUUUGAGUGCAU